CCGUGCCAGUUGGAGGCGCUCGUGCGCAGCUACGCAUUACCAUGGAAACCGUUAAAGCCUAGCGUAUAAACAGACAGCUAGCAUGUAGCUUGUAGCUUGUAGCGUAGGAAGUAAUGUCUCUUUGUAGCGGCGCUGCAUUUAGUAGGAAUAGGGAUAGAAAAGUGACAGCAGGUGACAGGAAGAGGUUUGUUUCGGUUUUUGAACAGUGUGAUGUAGAAAAGAAGGGCUACUUGUCCAGAGAGGAUCUUAAGGUGGCAGUUGUUAUGCUAUUCGGAUAUAAACCUUCAAAGUCAGAAACCAGUAUGAUGAUGGAGGCUGGUGUGGAGCCAAACUGCCCAGGGGUCCCUUUAGAGCACUUUGUGUCUCUCAUGAGGAGGAAGUUACCAGCAGGGGAUCCAUACGAGAAGACGAGACAGAUCUUCAGCGCAUUUGAUCUACACUGUCGUGGAUUCCUGAAGUUGGAGGACUUCAGAAGUGUGUUUGCACGUGUGGCUCCUCGCCUGCCUGAGCGCACCGUGCUGGAGGCUUUUCGACACGUGGACCACGACUCAGACGGACACGUCAGCUUCAAGGACUUUGAGGACGUUAUGGGUUAUGGGCUGGCCAACAGCUGAGGCACUGUGGUAAAGCAGAGGGUCUGUGGGAACAGCAUUUAGAGCUCGUAGGCUCAUGUCUGGAGCUGCCUGGUUUAAAAAAACAAAACAAAUCACAUGUACAGAAACACGUCCGUUCAUUCAAACGAGCUCAAAUCUGAUCACAUAUCAUUAAAAUAUUACAACAAAUUUGCAUUUUACAUUUCAUUUUCCGAAAGGAUAUCUCAUUUACAUAUCUCAUUUACAUCUCAUUUACAUAAAAUCUCAUUUACAUAGGAGCUCAGAUUGUGAGGUCAUAACACAGGCCCGGAUCUAAGCCA